AUGAAACUCCUCGAAAGUACACGGUUCGAGGCGGUCAACAACAAGCUGCACAUCCAGACCGGGGACAGCACGAUUUACGGCCGGAUCGAGUCAUACUCGUGCAAGAUGGCGGGAAACGAUAAGGCACUGUACAAACGUUUCACCUCGGAACAGUCGCCGACCGAUCUGCAGGCCCUAUCGCCACCGCAAACGCUGCAGGACAUGUCGCCGCAGAUCCUUCGCAGCAGCCUGUCCGGCGAUGAGGGUGUCACACUGUGCGAUACGAUUUCGCGCAAGACACUCUUCUAUCUGAUUGCGACGCUCAAUGCAGCGUUCGAGCCGGACUAUGACUUCAGCGAGGCUCGGAGUCAUGAAUUCAGCAAGGAACCAUCGCUGCAAUGGGUGUUGAACUCGAUCGAGGGCAAUCUGGGGCCGGUGGCUGGCGAACAGUACAGCAAGAUCCGUCACGCCCUCUGGACGACGAUCGAGGACGAGAUUUCGCUGAAGGACUGCGACAUCUACAGCUACAAUCCCGACCUGAACUCGGACCCGUUCGGUGAACCGGGCUGCCUCUGGUCGUUCAACUACUUUUUCUACAACAAGAAGCUGAAGCGCAUCGUUUUCUUCACUUGCCGUGCGAUCAAUUCGGUUUAUGUGGAUUCUGGAUUUUCGAGCGAUUUUGCUAUGGAGGACGAAGAAUGUUACUAA